UUUUAAAGAUAAUUUACAGCGUGUUGUCAUCGCUCAACUACCAACACUGGAGGAGGCAACUGUCGGACCACCAAUGAGAAUGACAAGAUUCUUCUACCUUCUGUGCAUCUGGAUGUUUUCGCCCUGUCUGUCGAGCAGAACAGGGUUUCUUUACCAGUUUCCGGGGGUGACAGUGCAGCAUAUCAACUCUGAACAAAGCACGGGACCCCCGGUCAGCGCCAACACGUAUCGCAGGAACUGGUGUCAGUACACGGUGUCGAAGAUCGUCUCCUGCCAGGUGCACAAUGGAACAGAGACGUUGGUGCAGAGGAUGUUUCAGAGCUGCCGCUGGCCCGGGCCAUGCUCCAACCUCAUCAGUUACAGGACCAUUGUCAGGCCCACCUUCAGGGUGGCCUACCGGCAGGUGACAGCGCUGGAGUGGCGGUGCUGUCCCGGGUUCCUUGGUGACAACUGCAGUGAGGAGUGUAUGAACUGCACCAGCUAUACUAACAUAAACAACAGGCUGAACAACAUCGAGUCCAAGAUUUUGUUGCUGGAGGAGGCAGGGCCUCCAUCUCGAUCUGCCAACAACUUGCCAGAGGGCUCAACAGACAAUGAGGUGGACACACCCAAUCCAACUCCCUUUGCACCACCAGCUAUCGGUCUACCAGGAGUCAGAGGACCCCCAGGACCAAGAGGGCCACCAGGCGUUCCUGGGGCAACGGGGCCCCCUGGACCUGCAGGAGAGACGGGUCUCACUGGGAGGCCAGGGCCCAUGGGACCUCCAGGGCCAAAGGGGCAGAUGGGCUUCCCAGGAGAGAUUGGUGUACCAGGGCCGCCAGGGCCACCGGGGCCACCGGGGCCUCCAGGGCCCCUCUCUGCCUUUCCUCUCCGGGGCGAUGUGUUUGGACUGACCUCAAGGCAGCAGGAGCAGGAUGAGGACACUCCCAUCCACUCUACUUCACCCACACAUCUAAACAAGAGGGUCACAGCUGGUGCGCCGGGCCCUGCUGGCCCCCCAGGCCCCCCAGGACCUCCAGGCCCUCCGGGACCAGCAGGACCCCCUGGGAGCCCGGGCACCCCUGGAAGAGAUGUAGAGAGAGCCUUGGCAGGAAGGCCUGGGGACCCAGGACCUAAAGGAGACCGUGGUGAAAUGGGUCCACCUGGAUACACGGGAGAGCAAGGCCAGCCAGGUCUGCCAGGGCCUAAAGGUGAGCCAGGAGAGGGCCUGCCAGAGGGUGAGGGAGUGCAGCAGCUGAGAGAGGCUCUGAAGAUUCUGGCAGAGAGGGUUCUCAUUCUGGAGCACAUGAUCGGCAUUCAUGCAGAAGGCCCAGUGGAGCCUGGCUCCGGACUGGAUAUCCUCACAGAUCCAGUCCCUUUGCCUGGAGUGAAGAUUAAAAGGGCUCAACAUCCCAUUAGCCGCCCUUCUGUUCUCCAAGGAGACAGCAGUCCAACUGGAAAGAGCCGUGAGAGGCGGGGUGACAGUUAAUGCAUACCACCAAUGGAUGCAGCAUGCACUUCAGCCUGAGCCGUGAUUGGAUGGACCCUGAUGCUCAGGGUGAUUUUAGGGUUGAUUUGAACAGGCAUCCAGGGCAUCCUGACUCUUAUUGAUGUUCAGUGUUUGUGAAUCUCUUCACCGAGCUCGUCAGGUGAUAUUCAUGUCUUCAGACAUGAAUAUCACCUGACGAGAUUCUCUUACUUCCAGAAAAUUUCAAUAUUUUUCCAGUAUUUAAUCCUCUCUUUAUAACUGGUGUACUGAGUGUUUGUUUUUGUGCAGGCCUUGGCUCAGAAACCAUUAGGGUUGUGAGAUCCAGCCAUUAAUUAACUGCAGUUAGUAAGUAUGUAUAUGUUUUCUUCCAUUUUCCUCCAAAUGUUGGUUCAUGCAUAUGCUGUUGCUGAAGGAGCUGUAGUUACAGGAUGUUUUACAUAUGCAGUUUAUGCCAGGGCCCAGCGAUGUGUACUUUGCCUCAUGUCCCCAUAAGGCUGAACAUUUACUGUGUUGAAAACAGUAAUAAUUGAAGAUGACAAUGAUUGACAAUGACAUGAUUAAUGAAUCAUGACAAUGAUUCAUUGAUGCAUGUUUUGAUAUCUCUGUUUUCUGAGUUAAAAUCCCAUUCUGAAGCAUUGGUUUGAUUUUUUGACAUCUGAUUUCAAGCAGCUCAGAUGAACUAUAGACGUAUCUCCUCAACUUCAGUCAUGGAAUCAGUAGGAGAAUCAACCAUCUGACCGAUAGCCCAAAUGAAACUUUGGAAAGUAUUCUUAAAUCUUUCAUUACAUAAUAAUCUUAUUUGAUCAAUUACAAUUAAUUUUAUGCAUGUAGCCUUAAAGGUAUAA